UUUCAAUAUCCAAAACCCAUUUGGAUUUACACCAAAUUACUUAAAUUUCUCCAACAUCGAUUUAUUUCAACUUAUUUAUUCAACAAAUGGGUCACAUAGAAAUUAGAAAACGAUAAAUAACUUAUUUUAAACACGAAUUUUACAUUAUUAAAUUAUUUUUUGUAUAAUGUUUCCUGGAAAUAACGUGCUGUUUCUUGUUUUCUUUUGGAAUGUCACCUUUGUUUUAUUUACACUUCUGGAAUCGAAAAACCAGCAAUCAAAAUAAAGAAAAGAGUUCAUAGAGGAUAUUGUGGUCGUCGUCUCUUCACCUGUAAGCAUCACUCAACUCUUCCAUUCUUGUUCCCCAAUUAAUUCUUCCUGCCAAAACUACACCCUGUUUCUCCAAUCGUCGUCAAUCGAACGUCGAUCACCCAUUCAGAUCCCAAUCCUAAUUAUAUUUCACCCACAAAUCAAACCCACAACCUGUGUUUGAGUUUGAGAGAGAGAGAGAAGGGCCCGGAGAUGGGAGGUGUCACGUCAUCAAUGGCUGCCAAGUUGGCGUUUUUCCCACCGAAUCCGCCGUUUUACAAGGUGGUCACAGAGAAAUCAAGUGGGUUAUUGCUCUUGGACAGGUUUCCUCACCGUGAAAAUGUCGACGUUCUGAAGCUCCCUACUCGCCGGGGGAAUAAAAUCGUUGCGGUGUACGUUAGGUAUCCCAUGGCCACUCGGACUAUACUUUAUUCACAUGGGAAUGCUGCUGAUAUUGGUCAGAUGUAUGAACUCUUCAUUGAUUUGAGCAUCCACCUCAAAGUUAAUCUCAUGGGGUAUGAUUACUCAGGAUACGGGCAGUCGUCUGGAAAGCCAAGUGAGCAUAACACAUACGCAGAUAUUGAAGCUGCAUAUAAGUGUUUGGAAGAAAGCUACAACACAAAGCAAGAAGAUAUCAUCCUUUAUGGUCAAUCUGUAGGAAGUGGCCCCACUGUGAAUCUUGCUGCUCGUUUACCUCGAUUGAGAGCUGUUGUUUUGCAUAGUCCUAUAUUAUCAGGCCUCAGAGUCAUGUAUCCUGUUAAACACACAUACUGGUUUGACAUAUAUAAGAACAUUGAUAAAAUUCAAUUCGUGAAGUGCCCUGUUCUUGUCAUCCAUGGUACUGCAGAUGAGGUGGUUGAUUGUUCUCAUGGGAAGCAACUUUGGGAACUAUGUGAAGAAAAAUACGAACCAUUAUGGAUCAAAGGAGGAAAGCAUUGUAAUUUGGAGCUAUAUCCAGAAUACAUUAAACACCUAAAAAAAUUCAUAACCAUUGUUGAAAAGCCACCAUCAUCACGAAGAAACAACAAUCCAAGAAAAAGCAUGGACCAAUCAUCCACCACCGCCAACCGCCAUCACCACCAUUCCAGUAGGAGGAGGAGUACGGAUUGUUUUGAAGCUCCAAGGAAAAGCACGAGCAUGAACACGAAGGAGAAUUUGGACCUUAUUAAUGAACUAUGUGAGUACAAGUUUGAUCAAAGUGAUGAUAAAGUUGGAAAGCUGAGAAUACCUUAUGAGCAUAUGGAGAGGUCUAGGAAGAGUAUGGAGUAUCGUGAAAAUCCUCGAUUAAGUACUGAUAUGAAGGUUGAAUGGGGGCGUAAGAGUGUGGAUUGUAUUGAUAGGAUUCGUAACUAUCCGAUUUCGACAAGAAACAUAUCGAGGACGGAUCUGUGGCAAUCAAUCAUCAUCAAGAUGGCUGAGGAUGAAAUUGGGAUAAACGCAAUAAAGCAUGCCAUGAGAGCUCUUAGAAAGCGGCAUCUCAUGGAGGAGGGAGCUCAUGCUCCUGCUUUUACAGCUAUUUCAAAACCUAUUGCUUCUCAGGGUAUGGAGUGGAAAGAUAAGGCAGAAACUCUUGAAUUGGAACUUCAACAAUGUUAUAAAACUCAAGUUCGAUUAUCAGAGCAGCUUGUUGUGGAAGUUGCAGAGUCCAGAGCAUCAAAAGCUUUAGUUCAGGAGAAAGAAGCCUUAAUUCCUAGUCUUGAAAAUGAGAUUUCCCAAGCAAGGGAUGAGUGUUCUCGUUUAACAGCACUUUUGGAGGAAAAGACGAAAGCCCUAAAGUUGCUUAUUGGUGAGAAUCAGGACUUAAGAACUCAAUAUGAGGAUAUGAGAGCAAAAGCUAACAAUGUGGAGGCUGAAAACAAGACAUUAAUUGAUAGGUGGAAUUUGCAGAAAAUGAAGGAUUCUGAACGUUUUAAUGAGGUUAAUGCUUUAUACCAAGACAUCCUCAACAAGCUGAAAGCCAGUGGUCUAGAACAACUCGCCAGGACACAAAUUGACGGAGUAGUUCGCCAAAGCGAACAAGGCGCCGAACACUACAUAGAGACCACCACCAUACCAAAAACAUGCACACACAGGAUCACAGCCCACGAAGGCGGCUGCGCAUCCUUAAUUUUUGAAAACAGCUCCGGAAAACUAAUCAGCGGGGGACAAGACCAAACAGUCAAAACAUGGGACACAAACACCGGGUCGCUAACUCGCACCUACCACGGUUGCCUAGGGUCAAUCCUUGACCUCACAAUCACAAACGACAACAACUAUAUAAUCGCAGCAAGUAGCUCACAUAAUUUAUACGUAUGGGAUACAAAUUCUGGUAGGGUCCGCCAUACGCUGACUGGUCAUUUGGAUAAAGUAUGUGCAGUUGAUGUUAGCAGAUGUUCAAGUCGCCAUGUUGUGAGUUCGGGUUAUGAUCGUACGAUUAAAGUGUGGGAUUUGAAUAAAGGGUAUUGUGUGAAUACUAUAAUAUUCCCGAGUAAUUGUAAUGCUGUAUGUUUUAAUUCAGAUGGGGGGACGAUUAUUUCGGGUCAUGUUGAUGGACAUGUGAGGUUAUGGGAUAUAAAAACAGGGAAGGUGUUGAGUGAGGUGGCUGCACAUUCUCUUGCUGUUACUUCUGUUUGUGUUUCAAGAAAUGGGAAUAUGGUGUUGACAAGUGGGAGGGAUAAUUUGCAUCAUUUGUUUGAUGUUAGGAGUCUUGAAGUUUGUGGGAGGUUUAGUGGAAGUGGGAGUAAGGUAGCUUCGAAUUGGAGUAGGUCGUGUAUUAGUCCGGAUGAUAAUUAUGUUGCUGCGGGGUCCGUUGAUGGGUGUGUUCAUGUGUGGUCGAUUUCGAAAGGUGAUAUGGUGAGUAGUCUUAAAGAACAUACGGCUUCUGUACUUUGUUGUUCUUGGAGUGGUCUUGGAAAGCCUUUAGCUACUUCGGGUAGGAAUGGAACCAUCUGUUUGUGGAGCCAUUGA